CCGCGUGAACCUAGACACCAUUGCGCAUCAGAGUAGAAAGUACGAACAAAAUUAAGCUUGGAAGUCUCUGGACGACAACACCACCACGAUCAUCAUCAAUGGCUGCAUCGAGUGUGCAAGAGCAUCUUCCCCCAUCAUUGGAUGCCACUUCCCACCCACCUCCUCUCUUUGAUGGAACUACAAGGUUGUACAUCUCUUACUCAUGCCCAUUUGCACAGCGUACGUGGAUUACCAGGAAUUAUAAGGGAUUACAAGAGAAGAUUAAAUUAGUCCCAAUCAACCUUCAAAACAGGCCUGCUUGGUACAAGGAGAAAGUCUACCCUGAAAACAAGGUGCCAUCAUUGGAACACAAUGGAAAAGUCAUUGGGGAGAGUCUUGAUUUAAUUAAGUAUAUAGACAGCAACUUUGAGGGGCCUUCUCUUGCGCCCAAUGAUCCUGCGAAAAAGGAAUUUGGUCAAGAGUUGAUAGCCUACACUGACACCUUCAACAAGACAGUGUUUACAUCAUUCAAAGGAGAUCCAGUAAAAGAAGCUGGUCCUGCUUUUGAUCACUUGGAAAAGGCUCUUCAUAAGUUCGAUGAUGGGCCAUUCUUCCUUGGCCAAUUCAGUGGUGUGGACAUUGCUUACAUUCCAUUUGUUGAAAGAUUCCAAGUCUUCUUAUCGGACGCAUGGAAGUACGAUAUCACAGCAGGAAGGCCUAAACUUGCAAAAUGGAUCGAGGAGGUAAACAAGAUCGAUGCUUAUAAGCCAACAAAAACUGAUCCCAAAGAGCUUGUUGAAUUCUACAAGGCCCGCUUUUCGGGUCAGCAGUGAAAAUGCCAGCAGGUGUUUUGAACACAAAGUGAAAUAAAGUGGCUUUGAGCCUCUAUGUAAUGUUUAUGUAAGAAUGCCUUGUGUGUGUAUGUAGAAGUUGAAGAUAUGGGCUGCUACAUCUGGGUAUCAGGUGUGGUCAGCAUGUAUGGAUUAUCUAAAAUUCUAAAUAAAUACAAGUCAUUACUGUACUGUACUGAAAAGUUAGUAUUUAAUGAUGAUUAUGUUUUGUUUUUUUAACAAAUAAUUGAUCGAUGAGUUUUAUA